CGUCAGGUUACAAUCUGUAUCACACACAUUGGAAACAUGAUGACAGUCAGUAGUCUGCAUUGGCCAGGCAGGCAAACAAACCCCAACUGAAACCUCAUCCUCCUGCUUUAAUAUUUCAAGUGAUGAGAAUUUAGCGUCUCACUGAAACGAGCAGCUUUUCCACUUCUUCUCUCGUGUUUUUGCCUACCAGACUUGAGGACUAUCUACAUUUUGCAAACAGACCAGUACACACACACACACACACACAUACACACACAUACACACAGAGUUCAAAAUGCAUUUAAACUCCAGAGCAGAGAACGUCACACUGUCACUGAACUUCAUGGGGAGGAAGUUACGAAAUCACGCAGUGGCCCCAGCUGCUAAGCAACGGGCAUGGGAGAGAACUGGGCCGUCCAAGUGUGCUGAUGAGAACAGAGGUGGUCUGUCCACAGUGGUGAGAGCACAGCCACUGGUGUGUGUGCAGAACGAGUUGCCAGGAAGCAUACAGGACCUGAGGGAGGAAAUGCAACGUCAGGCCUGUAAUGUCCAUAACACACACCUUGACCAGGAGAAAAAUGCAGGUAAGAUCCGGGUGUUCUGCCGUAUAAGGCCUCAGACACGGGCAGAGCUGGUGAGGGGCAGCAGCACCAUUGUUUCAUGUUUAGAUGAUUACUCAGUGAUCCUGGAAACUCCACGAGGGCCUCGAGAGUUUCAGUUUGACAGGAUCUUCACCACAGAACACACACAGGAUGAUGUGUUUCAGGAGUCCAGCAGGCUAAUUCAAUCAGCAAUCGAUGGCUUCAAUGUGUGCAUCUUUGCAUAUGGACAGACUGGCUCUGGAAAAACUUUUACUAUGUUGGGGGAUAGAGAGCAGAAAAACCCUGGAAUCAUCCCUAGGACUUUUAUUAGGAUCUUUGAAAUCAUCCAAGAGAAUGAGACAAAAUUUGAGUUCAAGGUUUCGGCUUCUAUGUUGGAGUUGUAUAACGAUCGGCUACAGGACCUCUUUGUGACCCCAGCUGAGGCACUUUCCAAACGCAUUGAGAUUAAAAAGGACAAAAAGGGGCUUGUAUUUGCCCAAGGAGCAGAGGCAAAGGAAGCGACUAGUGCUGGCGAGCUCUUUGCUCUCUUUGAACUGGGCUCUGCCAACCGCCAUAUUGCAGCUACCAAGAUGAACAUAGAAAGCUCUCGCUCUCACCUGAUCAUCAGCAUCAUGUUGGAAAGUCGCAACCUGGCCAAUGGCAGCAUAACGUUUGGCAAGCUAAACCUUGUUGACCUGGCAGGAAGCGAAAGACCGGCGAAGACCGGUGCUAAAGAUGACCAGCUGAAGGAGGCGAAUUCUAUUAAUAAGUCUCUGAGCGCUCUGGGUGACGUGAUCUCGGCUCUGGCUAUGGAGCAAGCUCAUGUUCCCUACCGCAACAACAAGCUGACACAGCUCAUGCAGGACUCACUGGGGGGCAAUGCCAAAACUCUUAUGUUCCUCAAUAUCUCUCCUUCUGACUGCAACCUGGAUGAGACCCUUACCUCACUCAUAUAUGCUUCCCGAGUGAAGGCCAUCACCAACCAUGCACAGAGGAAUAUGGAGAGCAAAGAGAUCGCUCAACUCAAGGAGGUGAUUUUGAGACUAAAAUCAGGACAAGCUGUGGAAGAGGAAGAUGUAUGAAUGAAGCUCACUCAAAACCAACACUGUUUCUAUCACAUUUUAAGAGAUUUGUAGUUUGUUUAUUAUUAGACUGUGCUUUCACUGAUGUAUUAAGGCCCCAAAUGAAGAGACUAAUUGGCAUGUGCGAUGUUAUUAAUUAGUGUGUUUAAUGGGUUUCUUGCAGGUGAUUUUAUUAUGGGUGUUUUGCCUACACUAAAUUGCCCCUAAGUGUCAAUGUGUGUGAAUGUUUGUGUGCAUGGUGCCCUGUGAUGGAGUGGUAUUUCUUUGCACAUUCUCAGUCACCAUGGUGACUUUUGGUUUUAAAAAAUUCAUAAACAGAAUUAUCUCAGAAAUGAAAUUAGCAUAUAAUAAUAAAAUUAAUUAAAUGGGUUUGUUACGCAAAUAUAAUACUUGUCAUUUCAUUGUAUUAAUUUGUACACAGUUGCAAUUCUGAAGUAACUUUGAAGCUUAGUAUAUCAGACAGCUGGUGCUAAAUUAAUCUAUUUGCCACGUAUGCCAUAAAACAGCAAGAUGCUCUAAAAUAAAACAAAUGAUCUAAUAACGACCUUUUAAAGAAUGCUAGGUUCUGCUAGGCCUUAACGCACAUUUUCUCUGAGUAUAGAGCAUGACUUUGUUGAAGGUGAUGUCUCUGUGUAAGCUGAACUCCAUUUGGGUUGUCUGGAUAAUCUGCACCAUGGCCUUGCCGGAUGACGUCAUGCUGUUUGGGUGGAUGGUGACUGUACAAGAUUGUCACAUAAAACUCAGGCCAGGAAUGUUAUAGCAUGCAUGUUCAAGCAUGAUCAAGACCAACUUUAUUUUGUGUUUAUCUUCAUAAAGCAUUCUUGAUCUA